AUGAGGUCACUCAGCACUGAAAAAUCACUGAUUGCUUACUUACGCUGCCUGGAGGAGUUGGUUCACUGCAUCCUCCUUGUUCGCCAGUUUCCCAACUUCGCACCCCAUGGAAGUCUGUUUCCAUCUGUCAAGUAUCCGCACCUGCCUUUUCGGCCGUCCACCACAAGGACCAUAGACGAGGCAUUGUUUAAGAUCGAGCCCCUGUUUCCACAAACGCCUGCGAUGACCACACGCUACAAUGCGUUGAUUGACUGCUUUGAUCUUGUUCAACAGGAUGCAUUUUACGGACGCUGUAUUGGAUUCUAUUUCAGUCCUAGCGCUCAGGGCUUGUAUACAGUACUUUCAAGUGUGAUGGCUGGUUUUGCUGACAGCUUUCAGGUCCGUUUUGAUGUCAUCGUCAGGGCUUUAUCAUAUGCUUUUCGUUUCCGCUUUACCCAUAUUUUUGGUUCAAAGGCUGGCCUGACAGCUAUCUUCAACACCGUCUAUCGGACAGUCACUUCAUACUUGUCGCCAGAAGAACGGGGCGUUAAAAUUGCGGACAUAACGCGGAAUGCAGAUGUCCAAUUCUGUAAGCAGUUUUGGAGCCUGGCGGAGAACCGUUUCCUAGUUGAGGCGCCCAGUUUUCUCUAUCCACAGAUGGCGGUGUCUCAAUUCUUUGCUCUGCCUGCC